AUGCCACCAAAGAAAGCAAAAGCUGUGAAUAAGAAGCCGGCUGUCAGUAAACCUAAGACUAGUAAGGCUAAGACUAAGAGUACCAAACGAUCUAAACCAAAGUAAGUCUUGGUACCACAAUUAGUACUAUUGGAGCCUUUAUACUAUUGGUACUUGCAUCAUUUUUCACAAUAUUAAUAUACCACAGCUUUUAGCCGGUCUUCGAAAAAGGUAAAAGCCAAGAAAUCGACCAGUAAAAAGAGUAAAAAGCAAAAGAAAGAAAAGAAGGAAAAGAGAGAGAGAAAAGAAGAGACGUCAGAGAAAAAGAAGUCGUCUGGAGCACAGGAAUCGCCCGGAGUGGAAUCGACCGCUCCAGAUAAGGAAACCAAGAAGUCUGAUUCCGUAUGUGAGACUACACCGUCUACAGAAUCCGUGAAAACAGAAAAAGUGGAGGAUCAGAAGUCAGGGAUUCAACCGGUCGAAGAAGAGCAGAUUCAAAAGGGUGAGGAUGAACAGAUCCAGAAGAUUGAGGGUGAACAAGUUCUGAAGAAGGACGAUGGUCAGAUUCAGAAUGACGUCGAGGAGCAGCUUCAGAAGAACGACGACGAAAAAAGUUUUGGAGAUUACUCUGACCUUUUGGUAGGUCUUCAAAGUUAAAUUGUCAUUUUUCAACUGUCAGUACGUCUGAAAACAACUAAAAGUGAUCUUGUGAACCAAAUUAACACUCUCAAUUUCAGUCUAGUCCAUUUGGUGCUCUUUUCGUACCUCCAGUGACCAACUGA